AUGGCCGUAGUGCCUCCGCCAGGAUGUGAGCACUGUUCGAGAAGCCAGAUCAAAGAGCUGGGCUCUGUGGCCAGGGCUGCCAACCAGACGUACUUGACAAAGUCCGAGUUGGAUACGACGCUGUUGGUCCUCAAUAUCCGUGCCGACGAUACCGCCCAGGCCGAGAAUAUUCAAACGGUCCUAUGGACACUAGUCGUUCUCUCAGCAGUGUUUCUUGGGUUGAGGAUAUACUGCAAAAUAUCCUACACGUAUACAAAGAUCCGGAUCGAGGACAUUCUUCUGGUUGCCUCCUGGCUGGUCCUAGCAUCAGAUGCCGCACUUAAUGAGUUCAUCAUCAAAUCCCGAUUCGGUCGGCCCGACUUCCCCAUUACAGUUGAUAACAUUACGGUACUAGCCAUUGUUGGCCUUUCAUCCAUUACGUGCUCCUUUGUCGGUCAAGUCUGGAGCAAGACUGCCUUCGCCAUAUCGUUAUUACGGAUGUGCGAUGGAUGGAAGAAAGCUUUUGUGUGGUUUUCAAUCAUUUCUAUGAACGUACUCUUUACGUUCUCCUCCUUGUCAUUUUGGAUUGGGUGUGUCCCAUUGGAAAAGAGAUGGAAGCCUUUCGCCGAUGGAACCUGCUACGAUCUCAAGUGGGUUGUUUCGUUCGGAAUCUUCGUUAGUGUCUACUCCGGCCUUCUCGAUAUCGCCUUGUCUAUCAUCCCAUGGCUCAUUCUUAUGCGGCCCAGGCCGGCCGAGGAGUCAUCGGGUCUUACUCUGAGCAAGAAGGAGAAGAUCGGUGUGUCUGUGGCGUUGAGUAUGGGAGUGUUGGCCGGAAUGGCAGCGUUCGUUAAAGCAUCGUACAUGCGUUCAGUAAAUGAUACCACUGGUGAUUUUUCUCGUAAGUUUAGGCUCAGCUGA